UUGUCUUCGCCAGACCCGGCCCCCCGGCCAAUCCCCUCAGCCUCCGAUGCGAUCCAACUUCCUGGCUACGGCCUCCCGUUGGAUUAUUUACCUCCCAAGAAAGACAGAUUUCCCGUAUUAUUACAUGGCGAUAGUCGAGGUUGGAAAGCCAGGACGUUGCUGAUCCGAGAAGUCUGCAUGCUUAAGUUCAUGGAAGAUAUCACCAACAAGCCAGAAUGGUGGCGCAAAGUCCGCGACCCAAAAGUUGCCAAUGAAUGGAAGCGCGAAGUUCUAGCACUCGACUGGGACGAGUACAGACGCUACGGAGACUUUACAGAGAAUAUGGCAGAGGCAUGUAUCCAAGAGCUCUGCAAAAAGGCAGCGUUGUACGAAGAGACAGGCCUUGUGCCUGUUUUUGACUAUUCAACUUGCAUCAUCAAAGCAGAUACGAUUCUGUGUGACAGUCUCUUGGACCGCUUGAAGUCUGCCGUCAAACUUCUCGAGGAAGUCCCUAAUGAAGAAAGGGACUGGCAUCCGGGAAGCAGUCGCAAGGUGCUUGACUUGGUCCACCCAUCGCUUUUCCCUCUCUUAUACGGACGCAGUCGUAUCAUGCGUCAUGUUCGAGUUACUCUAAACGAGUCAUUGAGCUUCUGUGGCCGAGGAUUUCGCGUUCCAAAGCCAGCCAAGAUUGAGAACACAUCAUUUGACUGGCGAGGAAGAGAGGUCGGAUAUUUCUCGAGGAAGUUCCAAUGGCUCCCCUGCGAUGUAGCCAUUGACGACAAGGGCAACGCAAAGAUUGAGAGCUAUAUUAACAACCUACACCCAGAGAAGCACUCAGAUCUCUAUCCUAUAAUCGAAGGUCUGGUUCAGAAGUCUCUGCCAGCAUGGGACCUCAUCUACUGUUGGGUGAGGAAGUACUCCGUACUUCGUCUUACCAAGACAACUCGUAAGGUCGGGGAUGGCGUUCCAGUUCCCGACAUAGUACCAGAAGUCCAUGAAGAGGAAAUUGGUGGAGAAAAGAUCCCCAGUGACGGCCAGCCAGAUACUGUAACGACACCUGAAGUCAUCGAGCCGGCAAGCGGUAGUGAGGGCGAUGAGGAAGAAGAGAGUGAAGAAUCUGACGGAAGUGACGACAGCCUCGAUUCCGACGAUGAGGAAUACGAUAGUGAAGACGACGUGGCGUGCGACCCUUCACCCUACUUCAAAGUGUCGUCAAAAGACGUCAAACAUUCGGGCUUUUUCGACAACGUGCCAAGAAUUCAAGUCAUAGUCAAGCUGGCCAACAUUCAACUGACACCGGAGAACCCUUCAUAUGACGGUGGUUCGUGGCACAUUGAAGGCCAAUUGAACGAACAUAUUGUCGCCACCGCUCUGUUCUACUACGACAGCUCCAACAUCACCGACUCCUAUCUUGCCUUCCGUACUGAAGCCAACAAGGAAAAUCUCAGCGAACGGAUUGACUAUGAACAAUACGACUGGGAUUCGAUUGAAAAGAUAUUUGCACUCGACGCCGGCUUUCACACAAUGCAAGAUAUUGGGAGUGUUCUGACGCGAUCAGGACGAGCGCUAUUCUUCCCGAACUUGUGUCAGCACAAGGUACAGCCAUUUGAACUCGAGGACGAUACAAAAAAUGGGCACAGGAAAAUAGUGGCGCUUUUCUUGGUCGACCCCGCCAUAUCGGUUAUUUCGACAUCGAAUAUUCCCCCUCAGCAGAAACACUGGUUCGCCAAUGGAGAGAGCCAGGCAGCGAGUGGAGACAAUCUGAAUGUGAGCAAUCUCAUCAGCAUGAGGGAAGCGAAAAGGGUCCGGAAGAAACUUAUGGCCGAGAGAACUGUCAUGCAAGAGAACGAGGAACAGGAGAUGAAUCAUGUGGAGUGGAGUUUCUGCGAGCACUGA